AGCGUGUGCAAAAGCUAGAAAGUCAAGACUGUACUAUGGGGAAUUUGUUUUCUCUUUCCUCUUUUCCCAAUCUUCUUGUUUUCAACGCCAUCAGAUUCGUUUUCUUUCGGACCUGACGUCUUUUGCGUGUCAUCUGUCUUCAGCAGUUAAGUUUUUUUUGUCGAUUUUUAACUAUUAUCUUUCUAAUCUAGCUCAAACCUUACACACAGCAAAAGCGUCUUUUUUUUUUCAAUUCCGUGCUGUCUUUGUUUAACUUGGAUAUCGAAUUGCCUGUGGCAUUUAUCCGCCUGACCUUACUGGUGCACCUUUAUUUACCUUGCUUCACCUUGCCCUUUCCCAAUAAACCUCUCAUUUAUUGGGCUUCCCCCGCAUCCCUCUACGGGCCACCACCCCAAAAAAGCUAUCCUUAAUGGGUUGGGAACCCCCCAAGCUCCAAUUCGACGACACCGAUGAAGUGUUUCCCCCACCUCCGGAUUGGAAACCUCGCCGCAUUGAUCAAGAUGCAAUAACAUACCGUGAUAAAUAUGUCGUGGUAUACGAUUACAGUGAACUUGACCAGGACAAAGCUAUCCAGGAGCUCGGAGAGCUUAUCCGCGACCUCGAUUCCGUUGGUCUUCACACCGAAGUUCGCGCCGGCCACGAGCAGACCAUUCUUAUAUUCGUCAAAGCUCCCAGGGAGGUCCUCGGGAACUAUGUCUACAAGUCAAGGGUAAAAGAUUGGCUCUAUGGAGUUUCCAGCGAGCGCCCGGCGGUCGGGCCCAAGAACCAGAUCGUCGAUGGCGCUUUCGAGGCCGAGGACCUCCUGUCCAUGUUCCACCUGGUCAGCUGGAGUAAAAGCCUAGGUGGCGCAGGCAUCACGCCAGGCCUCGGCAAAUGGGAGAGAGUCAAGUCGAUUUUCCCUCUACACAACGAAAGGGUCAACCAGGGGCUGCUCAUCGACCUGAGCAAGCGCAUUUUCCUGACCAGGACCGACCUGGACCGCAUUCGGAACCUGUUCGGCGCAAAGGUGGCCAUGUACUUUGCCUUUUUGCAGACGUACAUUGUCUUCCUCUUCUUCCCCGCCGUCGCCGGCUUCCUGGCCUGGGCGGUGCUGCCAAAGUACUCUCUGGGCUUUGCUCUGCUCAUCGAGCUCUGGUGCAUCACCUUCCUCGAGUACUGGAAGCUGCAAGAGGUGGAUCUCAGCAUUAGAUGGACCGUCAGGGGUACCGGCGAACUCAAGGUUAACCGGCCAAAGUUCCAGCCUGACAAGAUCACCCGGGACGAAACCGGCGAGCUGGUGCACCACUAUUCGAAGUGGAAACAGGUCGUGUGGCAGAUUCCGCAGAUUCCUUUCUUCAUUGCAUCUCUCGUCAGCUUGGGAGGCAUUAUUGUUUUGGUGUUUGCGCUCGAGGUUCUGAUAUCGGAGGCGUACGAGGGUCCAUAUAAAUACUAUCUGGAAUACCUCCCUACCGUUCUCCUUGCUGUCCUUCUGCCCCGUAUCUCAGGCUUCUUAGAGGGUGUCACGACAACUCUCACUGAAUGGGAGAACCACCGAACUGCAGACACGUACGAAAUGUCUCAGACGCAGAAGCUUUUCGUGCUCAACUUCAUCAUCAGCUACCUGCCCAUUUUCUUGGUUGCUUUCGUAUAUGUACCUUUCGGGGACGUUAUUGUCCCCCAGCUCGAGGCCCUGGUUCACCGCUUCGUUUCAGCCAGCCACCUGACAUCGGCUUUCCACUCGGACCCGGAUAAGCUCCGUAACGAGGUCAUCGCGCUCACAGUGACUGGCCAAAUCACCGGGGCGGGCGAGGAGCUCAUCCUGCCGUACAUCAUGCACAAGGCACGAAGCUGGUACAGGGACUGGCGGUCCGCGCGCAUCUCGCGAACCAAGACGAUCGACUUCAAGACCAUCAUGGCGGACGACCCGGCCGAGACGGACUUUUUACGCCGGGCGCGCAACGAGGCCGACCUCGAGACCUACGAUGUACAGGCCGACUACCUCGAGAUGAUCCUGCAGUUUGGGUAUCUGGCCUUGUUCUCGCCCGUGUGGCCCCUGGUCCCCAUCGGAUUCCUGGUCAACAACUGGUUCGAACUGCGGUCCGACUUUAUCAAGAUCUGCCACGGCUCGCAGCGACCCGACCCGGUCCGCGCCGACUCGAUCGGGCCCUGGAUUGAAAGUCUCGAGUUCCUCACCUGGGCCGGCAGCAUCUCGACGGCGGCCAUCGUGCACAUCUUUGGCGACCGCGACACGUGGGGCGGCCACCUGCUGCACCGGGGCGAGUGGUGGUCCCUCCCUCUGACGGUGUUUGUGAGCGAGCACGUCUACCUGCUCUCGCGGGCCUUGGUGCGCAACGUGCUGAACCGCAUCGGGUCGGAGCAGAUCCGCCGCGAGCGCCGGGAGCGCUACGUCAUGCGCAAGCAGUUCCUUGCCGAGCUCGAGGCCAACAACAAGACCGGUACCGGGCUGGACGUCAAGGAGCGCGAGCGCCGCAAGUCGGUGCGCGUCACCGGCGCAGACCUCUUCUGGACCAAGCAGGUCGACGCCGAGCUCAGCUUGGAGGCCGGAGCAAACAUCAUUCGGACCAUCAAGGCCGACGCCGAGCAUCCCUCGGAUUUCGAGGUCAAGGAGGAGUGACUGUUCGACAGGCCAAAUUUGCAGUGGUGGAAUGGUUGUAAAAUCUUCAUUAUAGAAUGUUGAAAGAGAAGAUCGACGAGGAGAAAGAAUGAUAUAGUAUCCAAAAUACCGAUGUAUAUGGUGCAGCGGGAUAGCACUGGGGUCAAACUGGUUAUAAGGCAUCGCGGAUUCCCCUGGAUUAAAUGAACGAUUUUUAUUUGUUUUUCAUCUUUUUCUUUGUCACAAUGCAACUGAACUGUACAAUCAGUAUCAAUAGCAUACUUGAAGCUCGGAUUGAUUAAUAUGGCAGGGCAACCGAGCUUCAGUAUAUAAAAAAACAAGAACCCAAUUUGCGGUACUGGC